AUGAUAUGCAAUGAUGAUGAUAAGAAAACAUUUAUCAACGCUAUUGACGAAUUUAUUGGAGAUAAAUUGCCUAAAUCUGACACCGAAUCCAAGGUGCGCAUGGUACUUGCGAUAACAAUCUUAAUAUUCAGCCUGUUAGAUGCUCCGGGAGUCGAGUCCUUUGUGGCAAGCGUUUUGCCUUGGUGUCUGGAAAUGAUGAACAGCACACGUACAGUUGAGAGAGUCAACGCAUCUCAAUAUUGUUUACAGACUAUAUUGAAAACUUACAGCGGCUUAAACGAUGAACCCGAUUCAAUACCCGACGAGGCUUCGUGCAUGAUGCAUAAAAAAGAAAUUGACACGAUUCUGUCGUGUUUGUUGGAUAAAAUAGGAAAUGAAACGACAACAAGCAUUGCUAGAGACGCAUUAAUAGAAUUUAUUACACGUAACAUUCAUUAUACUGCGUUACACUGGGCCAAACGGUUGGUCGAGUUUGGCGGUUUGCAAAAAUUAAUGAAG